GCAUCAAAAUCACAAGAGUAGAGUUUGAAGUUUGGAGGGCUUGGAUCACACCCGCCACAAUCAAAUUGGUAAACGGCACCAGAAUCAAUCGAACUAUCGACAUUAAGUCAGAGUUUAAAGUGUUGGAUAUGGCUAGCGUAAAGAGAGUUACUUUAUCCGUGGAGGAACGAUUAAUGGUCUUAGAUGACUUGAAAAUGUUCAGUGUUUCGACCGUUGCGAAAAAAUACAAGGUACAUACAUCAACGAUUUGGAGGAUAAAAAAUAACGCACCAAAAGUUAUGGAGUUCGUUGACAAAGGAAAGAUGCAGCAAAAGCGACGAAGAAUCAGACCAUCCUUAUACGACGCAAUGGAGCAAAAUUUGCUGGCUUGGUUCAUGGAAAGAAAAACUCUUGGUGAUUUCAUAUCGAAUGCCGUACUUGUGCAAAAAGCAAGGGAAUUAAAAGACAGUAUGGAGUUGCCAUCGGAUUUUAAAGUUAGUAAGGGCUGGUUAGAUGGGUUCAAAAAAAGACAUAAUGUAUGUUUAGAAAAAGUGUAUGGGAAAAGUAUAAGUGUUGAUGAAGAUUCCGCGAAAAAGUGUUGCAAUAAUUUUACAAAAUUAUUGGAAGAUGGCAGUAUAAAUGAAGAUAAUAUAUACAACAUGGAUGAAACUCAGCUUUUAUGGAAAGCCUUACCAUCAAAAAUAUUGAAAGUAAAAGAAGAGUCUGUAAAGGGGUACAAAAACUGCAAAGAACGAAUUACGGUAGCACUAUGUACAAAUGCAUCUGGGACACACAAGUUGAUGCCAUUAGUAAUUAAUAAAUAUGAAAAUCCUAGGUCUCUGAAACAUUGUAAAAGUAAUCUUCCUGUCAUUUUUAAGUCACAGAAGAAUGCGUGGAUGACACAAAUAUUGUUUUGUGAUUGGUUUCAAAAUUAUUUUAAGCCCAGUGUACGGGCAUACCAACUAAGCACUGGAGUGAUUGGUAAAGUCAUUUUAUUAUUAAACAAUUGCAGAAGACGUACAGUGCCACCAGAAUUAUUAGAAGAAGAUGACUUUAUAAUUAUGUAUUUUCCUCCAAACACCACCACCUUAAUUCAACCAAUGAACCAGGGCAUAAUAGCUAUGCUGAAAGCUUUGUAUCGCCAUAAAACAAUACAGAAAGCUGCUACAUACCAAGGUGGAAUAAAUGAAUUUCAAAAGCAAUUUACAUUAAAAGAUUGCAUACAAGUAUUGCACGAUUCAUGGAUGGAAGUAUCAGCAGAUAAUAUUAUUAAUUCCUGGAAGAAACUUAUUCCAAAUCAAACAGAUACAUAUUGUCGUACUAUGAGGCAGAACUUAAGCAAUUUAACAGGUGAUUCGUACACACAAGAGGAUAUUGCCCAAUUUAUGUCCAGUUGUGAAGAUGAAGAAACAAGAUCCGCAGAGGAGGAAGAUGAAGAAAAGCAGGCAGAUGAAGAGAUGCAAGAAAAGCAGGAAUAUGAAGAGAUACAAGAAAAGCAGGAAUAUGAAGAGAUACAAGAAAAGCAGGAAUAUGAAGAGAUACAAGAAAAGCAGGAAUAUGAAGAGAUACAAGAAAAGCAGGAAUAUGAAGAGGUACAAGAAAAGCAGGAAUAUGAAGUGAUGCAAGAAAAGCAGGAAUAUGAAGAGAUGCUAGAAAAUACAGAAGAACAAGAGAAUAAAAGAGAGGAAUUGCAAUAUUUAUUUGAGCGUUUGGACCAGCACGUAUCGCAAGAAGCGCCCUUUAUUCAAAAUAUAUAUCAGGUCUUCAAAAACCAUCUUUUAGGUACCGAUGAUGAUUAACAUCUGGAAAUAUCCACGGAUAGUAGGAUAAAUGAAUCUAGACAUCAUUUUAAAAUACUUGCAGGGUGGUACACGGAACUAAAAUCGCAUAUCUUCAUACAUAUAUAUUCCACAUUUCUGUUUACAAAAAAUUCCUCUCUUUUAUCUGUCUUUACUUUCCGCGAAUGUUUUCGAUGGUAAGGCUUUCGAUAAAAGUCCAGUGUCGUACAUUUUGUAUACAUUAUCUUCAUUUAUACGGAUUUUCUUCUUCUUCUUCUUCUUCUUAACAACUGGACAUUAAUUGUCCAAUAUCCUCUUUCGUGUUAAAUUGUUUAAGUUCUGCCUCUUAGCAUGACGAUAUGUAUCUGUUUGCUUCGGAAUAAUUUUCUUCCAGAAAUUAAUAACAUUAUCCGCUGAUACUACCUUCCAUGAAUCGUGCAAUACUUGUAUGCAAUCUUUUAAUGUAAAUUGCUUUUGAAAUUUAUUUAUUUCGUCUUGGUACGUAGCAGUUUUCCGUAUUAUUUUAUGGCGAUACAGAGCUUUCAGCUUAGCUAUUAUACCCUUGUCCAUUGGUUGAAUUAAGCUGGUGGUAUUUGGAGGAGAAUACAUAAUUUUAAAAUCUUCUUCAUCUAAUAAUUCUGGCGGCACUGUACAUAUAUCCUCCGCAAUUGUGUAAUAAUAAAAUAGCUUUACUAGUCAUUUCAGAGCUACCCGUACACUGGGCUUAAAAUAAUUUUGAAACCAAUCACAAAACAAUGUUUGUAUCAUCCAUGCAUUCUUCUGAGAUUUAAGGGUGACGGGAAGAUUACUUUUGCAAUGUUCCAGGGUCCUAGGAUUUUCAUAUUUAUUAAUUACUAAUGGCAUCAACUUGUACAUCCAAGAUGCAUUUGCACAUAGCGCUACCGUAAUUUGUUCUUUGCGGCUUUUGUACUCCUUUACGAACCUUUCUUUUCUUUCUAAUGUUUUUGAUGGUAUAAAAGUUCAGUUUCAUCCAUGUUCUAUACAUUGUCUUCAUUUAUACUGCCAUCUUCAUCCAAUAAUUUUAUAAAAUUAUCACAACAUUUUUUCGCGGAAUCAUUAUUAGCACUUAUACUUUGCCCAUACACUUUUACUAAACGUAUAUUAAUUGUUGCACAAGUACAGCAUUCGAUAUGAAAUCACCAAGAGUUGUUUCGAUGAACUAAACCAGCAAAUUUUGCUCCAAUACGUCGUAUAAGGAUCUCUUUGUCAAUGAACUUCAUAACUUUUAGUGCGUUAUUUUUUAUCCUUCAAACCUUCAUUUAAAACGUUUUGCACUAGAAUCAUUGCUUAUGCACUACAUAUUUGAAGCAAUUCUCGUUAUAUGUUUCACAUUGCAUAUAACAAAAAUUUGAAAUGUAUAAUGUAUAUUAUUUUCUUAUUUGAAUGUAUCACUAUAUUCAUUCCAAUGUAUUACAAUAUUUAUUAUAAUGUACAUUACUACCUUUCAUUAUCUUUUCAUUAUUAUUUUAAUAAAUAAACAUAAUUUAAAUUGUAUCGUGUUUAUUUCAAUGUAUUAUUUAUUAUAAUGUACUUUAUUAUUUUACAACGUGUUUUUGUACUUUGUGGUACGUACUUAAUCAGUAUCAACAAUAAAUCUAAUUCAAACUAUAUCGUGUUUGGUCUCAUUUUAAUAAAAAAAAAUGUCACAAAUGCGUUAGUAAGAGUUGCAUUAAGAAAAAGUCAAAAAUAAAAAAGUUUUAUCGUUGAAUUAAUAUUUGCCACACCGAUAUUCCGGUUCGGAUUGUAUGUACAAUAUUACACUACUUCUUCGUCGAACGUCUCGGUUCGCCAAAGGGGACCCUCUCACAUGGAGGGGAUAGUCAGCUUGCAUUUAUCCAGCCAAUCUUUUCUUGCAUUUAUCCAGUUCUUACUACAUAUAUUGAGAGUUUAGUUUAGCAAAGGACCCUCCAAACUCCACUCUUGUGAAUUUGAUGCUGUUGCGUGUCCUCCUUGCGAUGUAGGAAAAUUCAGGGAUUUCUGAGCUGUAAGUAAAGUGCCCGUGGAGCGCUGAAGUAUUCUGCUCGCGGCGCGCAAAAUAAAUCAAACACCUCAGCGUUUUGGUAAAAAUUGUAACUGCUUUAUUCAGAAAAUGACUUUGAAAAAUGUAGUUAAGCGGUUUGAAGCUUGGAAUCGAUCUGAGUUUGGCGGUGAAGAUCUUUGUUCAAUGUCGGCUGGAAUCCCCUCUUUGCUGGAUCCUGGAUCCUCCCGCAGGAUCAUCCCUGGUCCAAUGGUGGGGGAGCCCAUCUCUGUCCGAAGGAGAUCCCUUUCCUUGGUUUCGGUCCACCCUCAAGUAAGUGAAAGUGGUGGUGCUUCGCCAAGGCACGAGAACGAUUCCGUGCACACGUGCUAAGAGAAAGCAUGGGACCCAGAGAAAGAUGGAAAAUGAAGAUAUCUCGCGCUAAUGAAACGAGGCAACCUUUGAGAAAAUUUACGACCCCCUAUGAAUAAACAGGAUGUCGAAGAGACUUCGACGACUUCGAGAACCAAACUUGAUUUUCGUUAAGAGUAACGUAAUAAAUUAGUCUCUCGUAAUAAAUUUCAAGUGAAGCAGCUUUUAUUCUCUGGAUUUUUAACUCCCUCCCAGCCCGAUCGCUCGCGUUGAAAGUUUUACAAUGCAAGCUUUGUCUACCGCUCGCUCAAUUGUUUGUAUUUGCCUCCUAAUUUAUGGGCAUCGACAACGGAACGCAGACAUGCUGUAGCCAUAUUCAUUGUCGCCAUAUUACAUUCAUUCAAUUCAAGCGAUACCACCCACACGGAUGGGCAGAAUUCAAUAUGUUAGUUUCAACAGUUUUUCGAAAAUAUCUCGAAAACUAAGGCCGAGCGGCGGUUAUAUGUAUAGGAAAAACAUGCAGUGACUACAUCUCCAACAGUUGGAUCUGAAGUACGGAAGUUUGGAGGGCCUAGAAAGGACUGCCCAUGGGCCGGAUGUACGAGGGUGUCAGCGUGAAAAGUGUAAAGACGAGAGACCGCUCUGUUCGAAUGCUGUUAGGUAUUUUGGUGGAGAACUGCUAUAUUUCCCUUUCUCCUUUCGCGCGGGGUUUACUUUUUGUUUUCGGAUGCCAAAAAUGUCAAAAUCGUGGGACGUGGGACAAAUUUUUAUCCUCUCCACGACGUCCCAGUGACUCCCCUACUUCAGUUGUUUCAUCUAACACAAGCGUGUUGUCCCACGUGUCCGUGUGAGCUCUCCGUUCGGCUGCUCUCAUCAUUUCUACGUUAUCGGCUCGAUGCUCAAGCUGCCAAAGCACGUGGCAGACUCAUGGGUUCAUAUUCAGUCUGAUUGGCGAAUCGGCAGUGGGAGCAUUUUUUGCAUCGAUUUCCCCAAUAAAUUACCCUCGUAUACCUACACUCUACACUGUUGUAUAAUUUGUUUAUACAGUAAAAGACAUUCUCCUACAGAGUUCGGUCCACUCAUAUAUACAGUAAAACCUGGAUAAAUGCAACCGAGAUUGGGACCCAGUGGUUGCAUUUAUCCAAGUGAGGUGUCGAAUCUCGGGUUACACGCGACGACCAGCCAAGCGUGAACGUAGAAAGGGACAGACAGUGGCGGAAAGAGAGAGCUUUUACUGUAUACCGCAGUUCAUCAGAGUCCAUAACUGCGACGCGCAAAUGGGGGAACUUAGCGAGCCUCGAACUCCCGCGAGUUUAAUAUACGGGGUGAAACAAUAGUACGGUUGAAUAGGAAGAAUACAGAAUGAUACACGUGCACCGUGUGGAGCGACACUGUGCGCAAGCGUAUGGAAGUGGGAAUAUCGAAAGUGGGAAAGAACGAAAACUGGUCUUUUCGCAGUUAUGGACUUUGGUGAACUGCGGUAUAUACGUAUUUAUUUAUUUAUUUUUAUUGUACAUUUCGUUAUCUUCAUAUAAAGAAGGUAUUUAAACAUUAAUUGGAUGUAAUUCGUGGGAUAUAAAACAGUUUUCUACGAUCUACAAUGUCUUCUAAGGAAUUCAAAUCCGGCAAAAUAGGUGGAAGAUCGAAAUGAAUGCUUGACCAUGUUGCUUGAACAGGAUCUUUCAUGUAAGACAAUUCCUUACUAUGUGCUGGAGUAUAAUACGAUUCUGUUGAUGUUGACAAUUUUGGAUAAUACGGAUCAUAUUCUAAUUCACUGGGUAUUAAUGGUUUCAAAGACAAUGUCAAAGCAUAUACAGGUAACUCCGUGGUGACUACUAAAGUAUGCUCUGGUUUUAUACUAUUUGUAGUAGCAGAAAUCUGAGUAUUUUUUUGUACGGAUUUCAAAGUUUCUGAAUAAGGAUAAUUUCUAUGAUUCGUGAAAGGUAACUUUGACAAAUUUGUAAUAUUUUUUAUAGUUUGGUAAUUCUUUGCAUUAUCUUCUUGAUUUUGAUCAUUUCCAGGAAACACAUCAACAGAAAACUUCACGAAGUCGUAUGAAGCAUCAUUUGUUUUCCGAUUCAAAUAAUCCUUCUGAUUAGUUCGAUCUUUCUCAUUUAAUUUAUCCCAGCUAUUAAAAAAUUGUUUCUGAAUAGAAAAAUUGUCAUUUUUAAUUGAUCCACGUUCCUGAGUAUUGUUGGCAGAAGAUACAUGCUGCAAUGUUGUCUUCAUAAAACUGUUAAUAGGAAGAGUUGCAGUAAAACUGGUAUUGUUCGUUAUAUGAAAAUUUGUUAUAUUAGGUUCUGCAACUUGUGGUUUAUUCAUAUUUUCAAAAUACUCUUUUGUACUAAUAGUAAAUCCAUAUCGCACUUUAUUGAUUGUUUUUAGUGAUUGUGUCACAUGAAAAACAUUUUGACUUUUUUCCACUAAAUCUUUUAUAGGAGAAACAUUUAAAGAAGAGUUCUUGUUCUUUUCUUCUAUAUACUUGGAGUUGUAAAUAGUAUGUCCGUGACAGCGAACAAGAUGGGCGUGAUCGCAUAUCAAAGCAUCCUGCCGAAAAGCAGUUUCCUCCGGACAAUGAUACGUAAAUUUGUUUCCAUAUUCGUCACAAGUGUGAUAUAUUUUACAGCUUGCACCAGUAUCGGCAUAGAAACCCGCAGUUUUGUUUAAACAUGAAAAGUCUGUCUUCACAGGAAUUACAACAUUCU